GUGAAUUCAGGGUUUUGUUUUGCUAAAUUGUGACUUUUCAGUCUAUAUAUUUUCUUUUUAAUCAGACUGAUUAAGCUCUGUGUUUGGGCUUGUAAUGGGAGGAUUUGGAGCGAUGGCUAAUGAAGAAUCUCUGGAUUAUUCCGUGCAUGAAGCGUGGAACGAAGCGACUAAUGUUUACCUGCUGGUUAUUUUGGUCAGUUUUGCACUGCUGAUGUACGCCAGGAAGAAUAAGAGGAAGAUCAUGCGCAUCUUUACCAUGCCUCCCGCGGUGGGAUCUGCUCCGGAGCCGAAUUUCUACGACAGCCUGCAGAAAGUGCGGCUCAGGCAGCAGCUGGAGAUGUAUUCUCUCUCCCGAAAGUUUGAUCAGCAGGGCCAGGUGCAGGAAUGUGUGCAGCUGUCGAUGGAGUGAACAAACCCAAGUGAUUACACUAAUGUGAAGAAGUUGUGUGUCGUUGUAGUGAUGUUUAUGUGGAAAAUAUUUCAGCUGCAGCAUUUUGAUUUCUUUGGUCAUCCAGAAGUUGAAAAAAAACACACACACACACACACACACACACACACACACACAGAGCGCCCAUUUUUUCACAAUUGUUUAAAAGUGGAAAAUGAGCGAUAUAGAAUAAGAAAAGUACCUCGUAUAAGUGACACGACUGAAUUAUGAGCAUUUGCUGCCACCUAGUGGUUGUUUUUCAGUAUUGCAGGUUCAUGGACUAGCCAGAUUAUUAUUAUUAUUAUUAUUAUUAUUAUUAUUAUUAUUAUUAUUAUUAUUCCUGUUUCUACAGCUGGAUGAAUAUCAAUGAUUAGAAAUGCAGUCGUCCUUCUACAGUUAUCUUUAAAAAAUUUACGAAUAUAAAUAUAUAGGUUAUAUGGUUGGUCCCGUUUAAUAGGUUUAAAUGGUGGUUUACUUUUGUUUGGUAGUGUACGGAUUUGGAUGGAGCUCAGCCGUUUUUCAGAAAGCAUACUUAAAUUAUUUGCAGUUCCUCAUACUGAUAAGGUGUAAUAUCAACAUUUUCUAUUUUUUUUAUUAAGAUUUUGUUUAAUGUUUUACAUUUGAAACGUAAUGUGUUUUGAAAAACCAGGUCUGACUCAUGUCGCCCUCUGGUGGCCAUUUGAAGUAAUAGCAGUUUUGCCCUGUACAAUUUAUGUAUUAUAUAAUAAUAAUAAUAAUAAUAAUAAUAAUAAUAAUAAUAAUAAUAGUCUCUAUGAUGAGUCAUUUUCAUUUAGAAUUCCUCUACAUCACGCCUCAUUUAAGUCUUUUUAAAUUCCUGACCAGUGAUUUGUUAAGACCAUUAACAGCUUAACAUAUGUAUAUAUUUGUGCCAGUUUGGGCUGUUUUUUUUUUUUUGGCCCAGAAGUGACAGAACCUUAGCUUUUUUGUUCUUCUGUUUCCCAAAGAACAACAUGGGUAAUUCACAUGGUUAAAUAACAUUUUGUUAAAAUGAAAACAGAUUAAGACAGACACGCCCCUUUUAAAAAGAAGGAAAAAUUCUAGCAAAAAGCAAAGUGUAAAUAAAGUAAUUAAAGAAAAAUGG